AAAUCAAGGGUGAAAGGUUAUCUGCGAUUAAAAAUGACUUAUUUACCUAAAACCUGUGGCUCAGAAGAAGAUAAUGCUGAACAGGCAGAAGAAUUAGAGGAUGACCUAACAGAGGCUGAGGGUGGGGACAUGGAGCUGCAAGCACAGCGCGCGUUCACCACUCGGAGGCAGAUCUCUGAGGAAGCAGAAGCCAUGGAUCCCCGGGAUGCCUCUGAGACCUGGGAAGUGAUAAGAGAAGACAAAGCCGCCAUGUACAGUGGUCAGUCUUUCCCAUCACCAGCGACAUCGAGUAACGUGGACAUGCAUCCUCACCUUGCAGAAGAAUUAAAUGCUAGACUCACCAUGUGUGGUGAUUCGGCCACUAGCCAGCCCAUGUCCAGCUCAAAUCAUUCCAGCAGAAGAGGCAGUUUACAAGCCUAUACUUUUGAGGAACAGCCUACACUUCCUGUGCUUCUGCCUACAUCAUUCGGAUUGCCACCCGGGUGGGAAGAAAAACAAGAUGAAAGAGGAAGAUCGUAUUACGUCGAUCACAAUUCUAGAACCACCACUUGGGCAAAACCCUCCACACAGCCCACCAUGGACACCAGUCAGCUGCCAUCGGGCCAGAGCUCAGCAGGCCCUCGGCCGCUGCUUCCCGCCAGUGACCCAGCAUUGCAGGUGACACAGCCAUCUGAAAUUGAACAAGGAUUCCUUCCUAAAGGCUGGGAGGUCCGCCAUGCACCAAAUGGAAGGCCCUUCUUCAUUGACCACAACACCAAAACCACCACCUGGGAAGAUCCAAGAUUGAAAAUCCCAGCUCAUCUGAGAGGAAAAUCUUCACUGGACCCACCUAAGGAUCUAGGACCUUUACCUCCAGGAUGGGAAGAAAGAACCCACACAGAUGGAAGGAUCUUCUACAUAAAUCACAAUAUAAAAAGAACCCAGUGGGAAGACCCUCGCUUGGAGCAUGUCGCAAUUACUGGACCAGCAGUGCCUUACUCCAGAGAUUACAAAAGAAAGUAUGAAUUCUUCCGAAGAAAGUUGAAGAAGCAGAAUGACAUUCCAAACAAAUUUGAAAUGAAGCUUCGCCGAACGACUGUUCUAGAAGAGUCCUACCGGAGAGUGAUGAGUGUCAAGAGAACCGACCUCCUCAAGGCUCGGCUUUGGAUCGAGUUUGAUGGUGAAAAGGGCUUAGACUACGGAGGAGUGGCCAGAGAAUGGUUCUUCCUCAUCUCAAAGGAAAUGUUUAACCCCUACUAUGGGUUGUUUGAAUACUCUGCUACGGACAAUUACACCCUACAGAUAAACCCCAAUUCUGGCCUGUGUAAUGAAGAUCACCUCUCUUACUUCAAGUUCAUCGGUCGAGUCGCCGGCAUGGCUGUUUAUCAUGGCAAACUCUUGGAUGGUUUCUUCAUCCGCCCGUUUUACAAGAUGAUGCUACAGAAACCGAUAACUCUUCAUGACAUGGAGUCAGUGGAUGGUGAAUAUUAUAAUUCGCUAAGAUGGAUUCUUGAAAAUGAUCCAACAGAAUUGGACCUCAGGUUCAUCAUCGAUGAAGAACUUUUUGGACAGACACAUCAACAUGAGUUGAAAAAUGGAGGAUCAGAAAUCGUGGUCACCAAUAAGAACAAAAAGGAAUAUAUUUACCUUGUAAUACAAUGGCGGUUUGUCAACCGAAUCCAGAAGCAGAUGUCUGCUUUUAAAGAGGGGUUUUUUGAACUAAUACCACAGGAUCUCAUCAAAAUCUUUGAUGAAAAUGAGCUGGAGCUCCUUAUGUGUGGAUUGGGAGACGUCGAUGUGAAUGACUGGAGAGAACACACCAAGUAUAAAAAUGGCUACUGUGCCAAUCACCAAGUCAUCCAGUGGUUCUGGAAGGCAGUCUUAAUGAUGGACUCAGAAAAAAGAAUAAGAUUGCUCCAGUUUGUCACCGGCACGUCCCGUGUGCCUAUGAAUGGAUUUGCUGAACUCUAUGGUUCAAAUGGACCACAGUCGUUUACGGUGGAGCAGUGGGGUGCUCCGGAGAAGCUGCCCAGAGCGCACACCUGCUUCAAUCGCUUGGACCUGCCACCCUAUGGAUCAUUUGAAGAAUUAUGGGAUAAACUGCAGAUGGCAAUCGAAAACACUCAGGGUUUUGAUGGAGUUGAUUAA